AUGAGUCGCCUCAGUGAUGAUGCAGACUCCCAGGUCAUUUCAGCAUCUCCAUCCAAAGAGCACCCGACACAAGACCGCAUUUCGAAUACAGCGAUUUCAAAAGAGUUCAUCAAUGCUACCCUCGAUUUUCUCUCAACCUCUACGAAUGAGACCCUCCUUGGAGUCUUUGCGCUUCUUGCAAUCGUCACCUACAUUGUCCUUGGGAGACUCGGUCUGCUUCUAAUUGGAGUGGUUCUGGGGGUUAUCCUGCACGCGUCAUGGGAGGGAUCGGAUAAUGAAUACUCAGAUCAAGCGUCGCACGCGCAAAAGCCCAACAGGCGUAGAGAGCUUGCGCUAGAAGUCUCCAACAGGCUUUUGGACUGGCCUAAGCGGGCUGAUGCUUUAGACAUCCAGGGAGGAGACGAUGGCUCUAUAAGUACGCUUGAAGACAUGUCUUCGGCAGACUUGGAAUAUGUCACCUUCCGACCGGCCACCGCUGACGCAUUGAGAACUCUCACCGAUGCAGUCAUUAAAGACUAUGUCAAAUACUGGUAUGAGCCACUUUUGCCGUCGGAAUCAAGUUUCCCACACUCCUGUCGACGAAUUUUGACUCAUUUCAUUACAUCAAUAUCUUCGCACCUCUCGCGGAAACGAACAGAGGACACAUUCUUGCAGUUUCUCACCAACUCCUCAUCUAUCGUCAUUGUAUUCCUGAAUGAACUUGCAGCAGCAUUUACCGCCCUGGGCUCCUCCCCAGCGGAAGCCCAAAACGCUGUGGAUCAGUACCUUGAACAAUUUCCGGAUAGCAGCCUAGCGAAUAUCUUGUCUGAGAAACAACAAAAGAAGAAACUCAGUAUGGUUGCGGAUGAUAUACUGUCGAAUUUCUUGGAUGCCAAGGCCUACAAUUGUCCGGCUGUACGGGACUUCCUCCGUGAGGUCUUUGCGGGAGUGAUAUUGGGGUCCACUGUUACCAGUCUUGCCCGUCCUGAAUUUAUCAAUGAAUGGAUUAUCUAUCUCCUGCAGGGCGGUGAAUCCGAAAUCAUGCACGCUAUCGACGCAGGCGUUGAAGGUGCGCGGAACCAGGGCGUCAGUGCUCCCACGUCUUCAGAAGACCCAAAGGCAGACUCCGCCAAAUCCACACAGAGAGAGUCCAUGCAUGUGGCAAGGGCUACAGAGGAAGAAGCAGUUCUAGAGACGAAACGUCUAAGCGCUAUGAUUGCAUCCCAUGAUUCGCAGAGCUCGGAUUCAGAACCGCCACGCCAAAACGAACGAAUUCACGAAAAUUACCCUUUGGAGGCUAGUUUGGCUUCAAAGAUGACGCACGAAAACGAAUGCCAUGAAGAACAGGGACCAGUGCCCAGUAUGCAAUUACUUGCAAGCCCGAAAUUAUCCGAAGACCCUUCUGCGCCACCUUUGAUUCUUCAUGGGGCACAAGUGUUGGUAGAUGAUGACGGAGCGAGGGAUGAGAAGAGCCACAUCAAGUCGCAACCCAUGUGGGAUUAUCUACUACAGGUUGAACCAGCGUCAACACGCUCGACUGGCUGGAUGGUGUUUCGCAAAUAUUCGGACUUCCUGUCUCUCCACGAGAUUCUGGGGACUGUUUCACGUUUGAAUCAGAUUUCAAGUUUCUCAGAGCGUCACCCCAUACUGCCCACCUGGAAGGGCAAAACGCGACAAGCUCUCGCCCGAGACCUUGAGUGGUAUUUACAAGACGCCAUGAAGCAUGAGUCACUUGCUGACACUGAUCGAAUGCGCCGGUUCUUGGAAAAAGAUGUCGGUUCUUCCACUGAAUCCGCCGGUUCUAACAAACCGGCAUUCUCUUUCCCUAGUCAAACUGCGUUUGAAAACAUGGGCAAGGUGGCGGGCGUAUUCGGAGGCGCCAAUGGCAAGAAGCCGGCCGUCACUGCUGAUCAGAUCCAACACAAAGUUGAUAACUCCAGUCGCACCAGUUUGUCGCAGACACGGUCUAGCUCUGGUGAUCGUACCGGCGUAAGCGACGGAAAUGUCGAUUCGCCUGCGGUGUGCCCUAGCGAAUCCCUGGAAAUCCAAAGAGGCGAAAUUUCCAAGUCGCCUUCGACGUUCGGGAAUGAGCAAGGUACAUUGACCACAGAGAUCCCACUCUCUAAAACCUCGCUUGAUAUUAGAGAUACAGCAGAACUUGACAUCCACGCAACGGAAACUACUGAUCAAACCUUAUCACAUCGCCGAUCUGAGACUGAGCAGAGUUUUGGUCAACCUCGCAAGCAGGGGAGUCCCAUCACAGCUGAUGAGACGCAAAUAGCGGUAGAGCUGAUCUUUGCGGUCAUCAAUGAGUUGUACACCUUGUCGUCUGCGUGGAAUAUACGUCGGACCCUUUUGAAUGCUGCCAAAUCGUAUAUCCUACGUCCCGGGAGCCCGACAUUGGAAACAAUUCGUACUCUGUUGCAGGAUUCCAUGAUAGAAGGCCACACUUCGGACAACGCCCUGGGGGAUUACCUCGUCAAGCUUCGUGAGAACGCGCUUCCGACCGAGGAGGAACUUAAAGCCUGGCCCCCUCCGCCCAAUGAGGAGGAGAAGAUCCGGUUACGGGAUACUGCACGUAAACUAUUUGUGCAGCGAGGAAUUCCACAGGCCUUAACAAGUGUUAUGGGGGCAGCUGCUAGUCGCGAAGCGCUAGAGAAGAUCUUCGAUAGUCUUCAAGUUGAAAGUGUCGCUCGAGGAUUUGUCUUCUCAAUCCUCCUACAGGGCCUUAGGGUAUUGACUCUCUGA